AUGGAAAAAAAACAGUAUCAAUUGUACACCGACGCAUGUGAUAUAUCAAUAGGUGCAGUAUUAGAGCAAGCUGAUGAAGAUGAAAAUUUAAGACCCAUAACUUUCGAAUUAAGAAAAUUAAAUAAACAUGAAAUAAAUUAUAUGGUAUUGGUGCUACAAGCAUUCAAAUUUGAAGUGUAUUACAAGAGUAGAAAGAGGUAUGGCAAUGCCGAUGGAAUAUCAAGAUACCCUAGGGAUUGUGAAAAUGGAAAAGAGGAUGAUGAAGAAUUUGUAAAUGUGAUGCUAAUGAGAGUAGAUAUGUUAAAUAAGCAGAUGAAACGAUAUUGUAUAAUUGGAGAAAAUUUAUAUAAGAGAGGAAAAGGUGGUGUUCCACCAAAGUAUGUAAUAUUUGAUGAUGAGGAAAAAUAUACUAUAUUAAUAGCGAAUCACCGAGGGAUAGCUGAAGAAGAAGGACAUCAUGGUAUUAAUGGGACUGCUAGGAAAAUAUUGAUGAACUAUAGUUGGGUAUCUGGUAAUGUAUAUGAGGAUGCAAAGAAAUAUAUGAAAUCAUGUAUACAAUAUCAAAGAUGUGCAACAAAGUCAGUGAGAGAACCAAUUCAUGUAACUGCAAUGAGUUGGAUAUUUUACAAAUUAUAUAUUAAUUGUUUAGGGCCAUUGCCUAGAACAAGUGGAGGGCAUGAACACAUGGUAAUAGCUGUGGAAGAGUUGUUCAGAUAUGUGGAAGGAAAAGCGUUAAGGAAAAAGAAUGCAAAUAUGAUAGCUCAAUUUAUUUGGGAUGAAAUUAUAACAAGAUAUGGGUGUUUCACAAUAUUGGUUUCAGACAGAGGAACAGAAUUCAAGAACAAUAUAUUGGCUGAAUUGGCUAUAAGGCUAAAUAUAAAUCAGAGGUUUGUGGCAAGUUAUCAUCCAGAAGCGAAUGGGCAUGCAGAGUGCACAGUACAAAAGUUCACAAGAAUUAUACGAAAAAUCUGUGCAGAGAAGCAGAACAAAUAG